GUAUGUGUGUGCUGUCUCUUCCGCCAAGAAGCCAGCAACCAUGCCUGCAACUCCAUUUUCGUGCUCGUACCUCAUCCUUCAGCCACGCUUCAACUCCUACUUCAACCCUCUCUUCCGUUCCUUCACCUACCAGCUCUCUACUUCACCGCUCUCCUUCAAUGGAAUCAAGUUCACCGCCGCCAGAGUCCACUCUUCACUCUCGCCGGCGGCGGAGACCGAGUCUCAGAGCGGCGGUGGCGGAAGGUCUGGAGCUUUAUCUCCCGGUCCUAUAGUCGCUGGAGAGGUGCAGAGGAUCGACGUGAACCCUCCCAAGGGGACGCGUGAUUUCCCGCCCGAGGAAAUGCGCUUGCGCAACUGGCUCUUCAACAAUUUCAAAGAGGUUUCGCGUUUAUAUGGAUUUGAGGAGGUUGAUUUUCCUGUGCUUGAGAAUGAGGCAUUGUUCACUAGGAAAGCAGGGGAGGAGAUUAAGGACCAGCUUUAUUGUUUCGAAGACCGGGGUAAUCGUCGUGUUGCACUGAGGCCAGAACUUACUCCUUCUUUGGCAAGGCUGGUGAUACAGAAAGGCAAGUCUGUACCACUGCCAUUGAAGUGGUUCACUGUUGGACAAUGUUGGCGGUAUGAGAGAAUGACAAGGGGGCGCCGUCGUGAGCAUUACCAGUGGAAUAUGGACAUCAUUGGUGUUCCUGGUGUUAUGGCUGAAGCAGAGCUUAUAUCGUCUAUCGUCACUUUAUUCAAGCGAAUAGGAAUUAAAGAAUCCGAUGUUGGGUUUAAAGUUUCCAGCCGAAAGGUUCUACAGGAAGUAUUGAAGUGUUAUUCCAUACCUGAAAGUUUAUUUGGCAAGGUCUGCGUCAUUAUUGACAAAAUCGAGAAAAUUCCAGUUGAUGAGGUAAAGAAAGAGUUGAUGGCUGCUGGUGUAUCACAAGAGGCUGUCCAGAAGCUUUUGCAAGUCCUUUCUGUAAAGUCAUUGACAGGGUUAGAAGAGAAGCUUGGAAGCAGUGGGGAAGCAAUUGCUGACCUGAAACAGUUGUUUUCACUUGCUGAAAAAUUUGGUUACUCUGAAUGGAUUCAAUUUGAUGCAUCAGUUGUUCGAGGCCUUGCUUACUACACUGGCAUUGUAUUCGAGGGUUUUGAUCGAGAAGGAAAGCUGCGAGCUAUUUGCGGUGGUGGUCGUUAUGAUCAUUUGUUCUCAACUUUUGGUGCUGAUGACAUUCCUGCCUGUGGUUUUGGAUUUGGUGAUGCAGUUGUAGUGGAAUUACUUAGAGAAAAGGGUCUGCUACCGGAUCUCAGCUUACAAAUGGAUUACAUUGUAUGUGCCUUGGAUGAAGAUCUUCAAGGUGCUGCUGCUAUGGUUGCUCAUGUUCUCAGAAAAAAGGGACAGAGUGUUGACUUAGUUUUGGAAAGCAAACCUCUUAAGUGGGUUUUUAAGCGAGCUGCCCGAAAUAAUGCUCAGCGGCUUGUAUUAGUGGGGAGCUCUGAGUGGCAAAGGGGUGUGGUUGGUGUCAAAAUUCUUGCUACUGGUGAACAGUACGAGGUUAAGCUGGAUGAACUGAUAUAAAUCAGAAUUUUAUUCUUUUUAAUUUUUUUGGUUAUGUAUUUUGGUCUCGUUAGUGCUAGUAUCUUUUACCUUUAAUUUUUACCCUAGUCUAACUUUAGUACUUGUUUAUGUAUGUAUAUGCAUAAAUGCCCGACUCUGUUGAUGCUGUUAUCCUUUGUUCCUUCAUUUCCAAAAGCAUUUAUUUCUGUUCAUAUUUACAUUUUAUUGAAUCAAGUUCUUCACCUGUAUGGAUGUACCAGACCUCCCUGUCUCUACACAUGGACACACACAUUUAAUCAUAAACAAACUUGAAUACACACAUUUUAUUUGUUUA